AUGGCGGUCACCAACGCACUCACCAACGAAUCCAUGGCCAGUGAGUUCGGGCCACUGCACGAGCUGCUGGAGACGUCGAACGGCACGGUGAACGAGACCGUGCUGCGUCACCUGCUGGCGCUGCACAUCCGCAACCAGCUGCGCCAGGGCGAGCUCGAGCACCGGCGCAACAUCUACCUCAUCACCGUGCCCAUCAUGCUGGUCUUCUGCGUCAUCGGCACCGUCAUCAACCUCAGCAUCUGCGUGUCGGCGCGCCUGAUCCGGCGCCCGCUCAGCCCCACCAUGUGUUUCUCAGUGAGCCUGGCAGGCGCCGACGCGUACGCCGCCUCCAUCCUGGGCCUCGGUCUGGUGGUCAACAGCCUGCUGCCGGUCGGGUUCGGCGUGGAGACGCUGAGCCGCUGUCCGACGCUGGUGCUGGAGGCGCUCCGGCUGGGAGGCGUCAUCUCCACGGCCGCCCACCUGCUGGCGCUGGCGCUGAACCACUACGUGGGCAUCCUGCGCCCGCUGCACUACGCGCGCCUUAUCACGCGCGGCCGCGUGCUCACCUCCAUCGGCUUCCUGUGGCUGGUGCCCAUCCUCUUCUUCCUGGUGUACUUUGCGGCGGCGGGCGGGUUCCGCGCCGACGGCUGCUCGCUCGACUUUCUGCCGUUCAGCACGUUCCGUCGUGUGGUGGCAUCGCUCUUCUUCGUGCCGCUCAUCUGCAUGUUCUUCGCCUACACACACAUCUUCAUCAUGGUACGCCAGCAUCAGCGCGGCUCGCUGCGCAACCAGAACUCGUCGCAGCUCAAGAGCAGCGUCAAAGCUGUGGUGACGACGCUGCUCAUCCUAGGCACGUACAUCCUCUGCUGGAUGCCGGCGGUCGUCACGUUCAUCCUCAUCUGCUACGACUGUUCGAUGCACCCGCGGCAGCUGCACUGGCGCACCCACCUCGAGAUGGCCAUCACCACCAACACGCUGGUCGUGCUCAAGUGUCUGGUCGACCCGGUUAUCUACGCGGCGCGCAUGCCGGAGAUAAAGCUGGCGCUGCGGCGGCUGCGGCAGCUGCUGCUCUGUCGGCCGGGCACGCCGGGCAGUCUGCAGCCGGGCCGCAACACGCGCACCACCCUGCUGGCGGGCACCCAGCGCGGACUGCGCACCACCACCACGGCGGCCACCAGCCUGCGGCAGAACGGCCACACCGAGAUCCCGCUGCGGGUGCUGCGCUCCGCCGGCGCGCCGCAGCCGGUCCAAUGCUGA